UUACAUAUUAACUUUCAUAGGCGAAAAUGAUUUCAGAGAUGAUGAAGAAAUGGUGCGAAGUGCAAGAAAGUCUAGCGCAGAACACUGCAUGUAUUUUAAAUCACAAUAUUUUUUUUAUGAUUGUUGCAUUUUAUAUUAUCUAGUCACAGAUUCAAGUAAUGUUCUGUGUAUCUAAUUUAAAUGCUCUAAGCAACUAGUGGCAGGUAUUUAGUUAAUGAUGGUAGUUCUACUGAAAUCAUAAUCAUAGACAACUAAACUAAAACACCACACAGCUCGUCUCGUUCUUCAUGUCAAUCAGCCAGCCCAGCCAGCCAUUUUGUUAUUGAAAGACGCUUACUAAAGAAAUACCCUGUGUGUAUUGUGUAUUUUAAAUAAAAACCUCCAUUAAUAAAGGAAGAAAGCAUAUGAAAACAUGGUGAGGCCUCGAAACAAAGAAUUAUGGAAGCACUACAGGGAUCCGGGGGGUAAGGGUGCUGUUUGUAUAUACUGUGAGCACAAGUUUAAAACAGCACAUACUGUGAAAAUGACAAAACAUCUAUACAGAUGUGCAAAACGUCCUGAAACUGUUAAAAUAGAAAUUACACACAAGAAAUAUAAAGUAGCCCCGCCUAAUGAUAAUGUUUUAAUGAAUCUAAAUUCAUUAAUGCCAGUACAACUUACACCACUUUCUGAUGAUUUGCUAACUAAUGAACAAAAACAUGAAAUUCACACACUAUUGGCAAAAGCGAUAUAUGUUACUGGCUCACCUCUGUCCAUAGUUGAACAUCCUCUUUGGCAACAACUGUUCUCUAGACUGCAACCAUCAUACAAACUACCAAAUAGAAAACAAUUGUCAACAACACAUUUAGAAGAAAUAUACAGGAACAUGUGUGAAAGCAUAGAAAAUGAAAUAAGAUCUCUCAACUAUAUUCAUCUCAAGCUUGACGGUUGGACUGAUGUUAAUAAUGCUGGAAUUAUCAACUUCAUUAUUUGUAAACCUGAACCAGUAUUCAUCAAAAGUAUAAACAUAGGGGAAAACAGACACAAUGGCCAGUUUUUGAAAGAUGAAAUACUGAAAGUAAUGGCACAAUAUGAUUCAAGAAAGUUUGUAGUGCUAAUAGGUGAUAACUCUCCAAAUAUUCAACAAGCUUUUCAACUGGUUAAAGAAAUUCAUCCCCAUAUUACCCCUUUAAAUUGUGCUGCUCACACAUUAAAUCUUUUAUGCCAAGAUGUGAUGCAACUUGUUUCUCUCAAAAGGUUUAUUGAUAUGGCCAUUGACGUUGUAAAGACAAUCAAACGAAGUCAAAUAUUAACUUCUGUACUUGACAGACUGGUAAAGGAACGAAAUGCUGGAGAAGCAUUAAAACUUCCAGAUAAAACUAGAUGGAGCAGCCAUUACGCUUGUAUAAAAAGUUUAGAUAAUACAAAAGUUGCACUUCAAUGCCUCGCUAACGAUGACAGCGUUAUCAGAAUCCUCCCAUUGGAAACUAAAGCAGCAUUGCUAGAUAAUAAUUUCUGGGAAAUGACCAAACAAUUAAUAAAGAUUAUGAGACCAAUCUCAGAGGUGGUUGCGAAGUUACAGUCAAACGAGUGUAACAUGGUGAAUAUUUUCAUGAUGAUGAAAGAUCUCCGAUCCAAAUUUAAUUUAAUUUUACCAGAGAUCAGUAUUUUGAGUCAUCAGGAUCGAGAAAUUAUUAUCACUGCAGUUGAUCACAAAAUAUUCAUGUGCUUAAAACCAAUCCACUUAGCGGCACAUUUGUUAGACCCAAAGGCCGUGGGUCGCGAAUUGAAUGAAUCGGAGGAAAUGAUAGCAUUUGAAUAUAUUAAUGAGAUGUCUAAACAUUUGGGUAUUGACGUUAUGCCAAACUUGGCAAAUUAUAAAUCGAAAGAAGGCGUAAUGUGGGGGAAAAGUUUUGUGUGGGAUGUUAAAUCUAUGAGUCCAGUGGUUUGGUGGAAGGGGAUAUGUGGUUCAUCAAAGUUGAGCAAAGUAGCUUGCCGAAUAUUAACCGCACCUUGUACAUCGAAUGCAAUGGAGAAAUCUACCUGUAAAUAUGGAAACAACUUACAAAAAAAAAGGAACAGACUUACAAGUGAUAGGUCGGCUAAAUUGGCCUUCAUAUCAUAUAACUGGAAUUUGGAAAAUGCCAGUAAUGUGAAUAAUUCUGAUGAUGAAAACAGCCUUGAAUAUAUGGACUUGUCGGGCCCUUCUACAAGUUGUGCAAAUAUGAAUAUGAUACCGGAACCACAAAGUUUUGAAUUUAUAAACUGCUCCGGGCAACACAAUAUGGUCAUGGCAGUUAAUAAAUAGCAGCAUACUUCCUAUUGUUCCACGGCGUGUGGAGCAGAUCCAUUGAGGACUUCAUUUAACUUACAUGAGUAAAAGACCAAAAAACAGAUAAACGCCGAAAGAGUUUAAUGAGUGAGUUAGUUUAAUAACACAGUACAAAGUUAUUGUGUAGUCUGAUCAACUCAACUGGUUCAAUUGAGAAGAAUAGUAGAAAUAAGCCCUUUGUUAUAAAAAGGUACAUUAUUAAUAGUUUGAAAGAUACGAUAGUAACUAUUCUUUGUUGUUUUAGACAUCUCUCGAUAACAGAAUAUGCAUGUAUAUCGGAAUACUCAAUACUCAAAAUCCUGUUGUCAAACUCGCACCAGGAAAAUCUCAAUUAACAAAAAUAUGUAUUAGUGCCAGUUAUUGUUAAAUAAUACUUUGUUAUUAUUGUUAGGCAGAGUUGGUUUUAUAAGCGCUAACAAAUACUAGAACUAUUUAGUGGCAACAAAUUAUUCUUAACGGGUUUAUUUAUUUACCUAAAUUUUUAAAAAAUAUGUGCAAUUUUUUCUUGAAUUUAAAUCUGCGCUAAAACAUUUAACGAUAUACAACAGAAACAUUAUAUUUUAUAGUAAGUACAGGUAUUUUUUAGGAAUACUCUAGUUUUGGUUUCAAAAAUCAUGUUUUGUAAUUAGAUACAUAUACUAUUUAUUUUUAAUUACUUAAGUACAUAUUAAAAUAUUGUUUACAGAUUUAUUUACAUGUAAAUACUAUGACAAGAUUGUUAUUUUUAAGAGCUUUAGUCAUCAUAUUUUAUAAUAUGUCGCAUUAUGUAGCUACAUACAUACUUCAUAGAUAAAUAAAUAUUAUAUACUUAA